CCUUAUAAACACACCACACACCAUUACUACUCUCACUCAAAAACACAAACACAAAAAAUCAAAACUCUCUAAAACAGCACAACCCAAUUCAAAAAAGUCUCUCUUUUUAACACUCCCACAUAGCAUUUGAGUUAUAUAGAAUCUCAGACAUGGCUCUGGAAGCUCUCAACUCACCCACCACCGCUACCCCACCUUUCACCUUCGAUGAUCCAAGCUUGAAGCGAAAGCGUUCCAAGCGUUCACGCUUGGACCACCCUUCAUGCACCGAGGAAGAGUACCUCGCUCUCUGCCUCAUCAUGCUCGCUCAAGGCAGGACCACCACCACCACCACCGCUUUCAACCGCCACACUCAUCCUCUCCCUGACUCACCGCCACAACCGACCACCGCUCCCUCCAGUGCCCCCAAGCUUAGUUACAAAUGUUCCGUGUGUAACAAAGCUUUCCCCUCUUACCAAGCACUUGGUGGACACAAGGCCAGUCACCGGAAACUAUCCGCCGGCGGCGAUGAUCAAUCCACGUCCUCAGCCGCCACAACUAGUUCUGCUAACACCGCCACCGCCGCCGCAUCCAACGGCGGAGGUAGGGUUCACGAGUGUUCCAUCUGCCACAAAUCCUUUCCCACCGGACAGGCCUUGGGGGGACACAAACGUUGCCACUACGAAGGUGGUUCUGGUGCUGGUGGUAGCGGCGGUGGUGGCAGCGCUAUCACCGCCUCGGAAGGUGUUGGAUCGACCCACACCAUAAGCCACAGCCACCGUGACUUCGAUCUAAACAUCCCUGCUUUUCCAGACCUUUCAACCAAGGUCGGAGAAGACGAGGUUGAAAGUCCUCUGCCAGUGAUGAAGAAGCCCCGUCUUUUCGUGUUUCCCAAGAUCGAAAUCCCUCAAAUCCAAUGAAUUAAUUGAAUUUUUAUAUGAGUUUUCUUUUUUCGAUUAUUUGGAAAAUUUUGUGUUAUUUGUUUAUGUACAAACUUAGUACUUGGAGUCUUGUACUCUGUUUUCUGGUUUAGGUUGUACUUUUGACAGUUGCAAUUCAAUUCAAUUUAUUUAUUUAAUUUUAUUUGUGAAAAUCAAUCUGAUUUUGUUUCAAGAAAUGCCCGUGGAAUCGCCGUCAUGAAACGGCAAAGCCCGCGUCGUGGGUGCGGCAAGUCCUGGUGGCAGUGCCUCUUGUGAAUUCUGUUGAAACCACUUGCGCAUGUUUCUGUAUCUGUGACUGUGGGUGUUGUUGACAGUUUUUACUGUUGGAAAAAAGCACACUAAAACAGCUACAGUACGUUAUAUUCAUUAAAUAAAUUUACACACUAUAUU